AUGAAUAGCAAAGAAAAUGGAAUAACAACACAAUUUGAUAGUUUAUCAACAGCAACAGAUGAUAGUGAUAGUUAUCGAACAGUAUCAAAAUUUCCUAAAACUCGACCAACAGAACUUAGUUCUAAACAAGGUCAAAAUGGACAAGAAAUUUCUCUUGUUGCUAAUCAUAUGAAAACCUUAGCAUCACCUAAAUUAACUAAUGAAUUAAUAGCAAUAAAAAUGAAAUGCACAGCAACAGCUUCACCUGAAUUCUUUCAUUUAGCAAAUUUGAUUGGUCGAAAAUUAUUAGAAAUUGCUGGUUUGAAAUUACUUUAG